GCGUAGUUAUUUUUGUAAUGGAAUUACUAACCUCGAAACGCAAUUAUGGGCGUAUACAAGAAUUACUAUAGUAUUUGUAACAUUCUGUUAUAAAAAAAAUCUUUCAUAAGAAAGCUAUAACGGAGUUAAUGAAGAAAAAGAUGAAAUUUUGAAAAAAAUGUUAGAUAUUUCGUCCAUUGUACGUAAGAAUACGCGCAGUCGCAGAAGGGGACAGGGUUAUCACUCAACCGCCAAGAGGAGGAUGGUUCGCAGUGUUGAGUAGUAGAAAGAAAGGUCGUGUUGUUUCAUUGGAGACCAGGAUUCGUUUUUUAAUCUUAUGAGAGGAAACGGUACGAUGACAAGUGACAUCGAUUCACGUUGUUACGUGCGCUACGCGGGCACGUCUGUGGAUAAUGUCAGGACUAAGUGUACGAGUUGUGACAAUGAGUUGUGAUCCUAGUAGUCAGCCUUUGUUUGAUAAAAGAGCCCUUAUCGGGCACUCGUCCUUUUCCUGGUCGUUUACGUUGUUAUUCGGUAACACCGGUCUCUCGACACGGUCAAUCGUGGAAUGGCAGCAGCCUUAAAAAAGAAUCAUUCACGUAGAAGGUUGGCCGCCCUAACGUUUCUUUCGAACAUCUCCCUCGAUGGCAGCCACCGCGACACCAAGUUAGCUAUUUUAUCGCGAAAUGGUGCUGUCCAUGCUCGUACCCUCAGCGACAGUCAAGCACAUCGGGCUGAUGUUCGUCAAACCGAUCUGGACGUUUCCAGCGAGGAAGUUCUUGACGACUGCACAGAGGAGCAUGCAACACAUCCAUCUGCGAAGCAGUCAUCCUCACCACAAUUGACAUCGAAGAAUGCUGAACACAAUUCGUUUAGUUCAAACUCUGAUGGGGUGUUGACUCCUGCGAAGGCAGCAGUGGCUGCUUUUCUUGAACAGGAAAGAAAUUAUCCACAGCUCUCUACUGGAUUUCAUAGUUCGUUCAGAGAACGUACUUGUACUACUGGCAGUGAAUAUUCGUUACCUGAAAGGCGAGUAGGCUCUUUACAAUAUAAAAAGCGUAUAACUCAUCAAACAUCUACGCUUUCUGAAGACAUAAAGCAUCAAUAUAACAGUUCCAAUGAGAGCAUUGGUUCCUUACGUUCGAAAACACAAUCCUCUAAAUCGAAAACAAAGACAUCGAACAAUGUGCAAUCUGUUUGUACAAACAGUGGCAUAAUACCCGAAGUCACGAGAGAGUUGCGUUUAAUGCAACAUCCUGUAAAUGGCCACAAAUUUGGAGAUGACAGACUAGUUUUGGUUUCUAAUAAGCAUGUACCGUUUCUAGUAUUUUCUGCUCUUCCAUAUAAUAAAGGACAAAGAUCCAGUUGGUCUGAAUUACGCAAGGAUACCGGGCGAAGAAAAAAUAUUAGUUCGCAACGACCGUUGUCCGCAAUUAAUGAUAAUAUCGAUCCUUUUGGUUUGUUAGGUAUAGAGCGUGCUAAGGACGGCCAGGAAAUAUCUUAUGGGCAAUUGCUUGUUCCAUCUAGGCAAUUUCAAAAGGAUAAAAAAUUACAUUUUAGCGAUAACGAGGCAAUAGAACUUACGCAUGUUAUACCUAACAAGCAUCCUAUGGUUUCAAGGACAAAAACUAUUACAUGGAAUGUGGAUCACUCUAAAUGGUGUUUAUCUUAUGAUACAGCCACACAUCGUACUCAACAUGUAACACCCGAAUCUCCACCAUUAUCAUUUAGCGCUGACUCGAAAGUUUAUGACUGGGACGAACAAUCGCUACAAUACAAUCCCAAUUUAUUAGAUGAUCCAGAACUCAUAGCUGGAAAGCAUAGAACAUUACUCACAUUUACAUCUUAUAUGGCAUCAGUUAUUGAUUAUGUACGGCCAUCUGAUUUGAAGAAAGAAUUGAAUGAUAAAUUUAAAGAAAAGUUUCCGCAUAUCCAACUCACUUUGAGCAAGCUAAGAAGUUUAAAACGAGAGAUGCGCAAAAUAGCAAAAACGGAAUAUGGAAUUGAUCUUCUAACGGUAGCAAUGGCUUAUGUAUAUUUUGAGAAACUUAUUCUUCGCAAUGUUGUCACGAAACAAACACGAAAAUUAUGUGCUGGUGCAUGUUUACUACUAGCAGCCAAACUAAACGAUGUAAAGGGCGAUGUUCUUAAAUCAUUAAUAGAGAGAAUUGAAAGUAUAUUCCGUUUAAAUCGCAAGGAUUUGAUUACGUCUGAAUUUGCUGUUUUGGUGGCCUUAGAAUUCGGUUUACAUCUUCCUACAUGGGAAAUAUUUCCGCAUUAUCAAAGAUUGAUAUACGAGUCUUGAUCUUCUUUUAUGCCGUUUUUUUUACGUAGAUCCAGAACACUUUUAACAUAGAAUUAAAAUUUUCUAAACAAUUGGAUAAAAAGUACAACAUGCAGGAAUUUUGUAUACAAAAUCGUACAAAGAUAUGAACAACCGAAUCAGAAUUUCAAAAUGAAUAGAUAUGAUUACGAGAAAAUUCGUUAUUUUAAAGUACAAUGAGAAUACGUAUAUCAAUUAUAUUUGAGCGUAAAGGGCUGUAAGAAUUACAAACUGCAGUGUGUAUUUCUCAUCUUUUAACAAAUUGAACGUGUUUAAAUGUUUUUCUCUUUAAAUACUUACUAAAUUUUUUAUUUGAUUGAUCCUCUUUUAAUAUUGUGAAUUAUUAUUAAUAGUACUUACUAUAAUUAUUUUUUUCGAAGGUAUAGUAUCGUAGAGAAAUACUCGUAAAAAAGUACUCGUAGAAAAAUAUGGCGUUAGUUACUUAUGCAUAUAAAGUAAAUUUGGUAGUGCAUAAAAGCUACAAGGAAAAUGUGACGAAUACAGACGUUAUAGUCCACAAGGGUUCUCCAAAUCUUAAAAAAAUAAAUAUAAAUAUUUUAUGAUAUGAUUUCUUUAUGUCUGAUGUCAAUUCUUUUUGUUUUAAGAUGUUUUUAUUUUUAAAAAGACUAUAGCUUUAAUAUAUAAUAUACAUUUAAACGUGAUAAAACCAUUUAUUUAUCAAAGAGUGAAAAUCUUUUGAUUGCAUAAGCGUCAGGCAGCUGAUUAUAUAAAUAUUAACAAAUAAUAAGAAAACUAAUAAAAGAAAGUAAUAAUUGGGUAAAUAAUUCUUUUUUUAUAUGUUAGGCAGAUUAUGUUCGAACGUUACUAAUUUUGAAAACGUUGAAAUUCUAUGGGAUAUCAUAAUUGAGGAAAUUAUGUUUUGCUUUAAUCCAUAUUAUUUUAUUCUUGUAAUUGUUUGCACAAUUAAUUUUCUGAGCUAUUUAAAUGGAAAAUUUCAAAUUACAUUUUAGCUGUUCCUUUUAUCCCGUUUCGUUACGAGAUACAUUUUUUUUAAAUGCGAGUACAGCUAUUUUCUCAUCUGUUGUCUUUUUAACUAGUCAAUGCAAAAAUGUACUUUGUUUGAAUUGUUUGAUGUUCCCCGCGCGUUGGAAUUAAAAACUAAUACAGGGAAUAAUUUUUGUUAAUUUGUUUAGUAUAGAACACUAACAAUAAAUCAUUGCCUGAUACAUGGAUUUUAAGUUUGACGGUGAUAUUUAUGUGUACAGAUGGUAAAAAAUCAGAUAAAGUGAAAAAGUUAUUACUUUUCCGAACUAUUUGCAUUAUACAACUUUUCUUAAAGCAGUUUAAGUAUAGGAUAUGUGUCUAUCGUAUAAUGUUAAAUAGAUCGAAGUAUUGGGGAAGUAUAUACAUUAAUGAGCGAAACAAUAUACGAUAUUCAGACAAAAAUAAGAUUAUUAAAUAUGCUUGUGACGCUGUUUUUUAACGAGACAAGUUGGAAUGAUUGUAGUGUAAAAUAUUUAAAAGUUGUGUAAUAUAUGUUAAUAUCAUUAAGUAUUCUUUAAAAUCCAAAGUAAAACACCAUAGUGUGGUGCUAUAUAGUGUAAAGUUUUAUUUCGUAGCAUAUUUCCCGUAAUCGUACUUACUUGAUAGAUAAUAUAGAAGAAUUUACAGAAGAAUACAAGUUUGUUGAAUAGUUAUUUUUCUAUUGUUUAUUUUUUUCAGUUUUCGUUUAUGUUAUUUGAAUAUAUACAGAAGUAAUUUAAGUUUCUGGCAUAUCAGUUAUUGCACUACAAAAAAAAAAAAGGAAUUUUAUUCUAAUAACGUUUGUGGAAUUUAUUUGCAACUUUAAGUUCUAAAAUAUUUAUUUUUUAUUAACGCAAAAAAGUACUUAUGUAUUUUGUAAAGUACAUGUACAGAAAUCGAUGACAGUAUUUAUGAUGUUUGUAUGUUAAGUUUACAUUGGAAGUUCUAUAUUAAUAUGUUAUAUCUUCAAAUUAAUUCUAUUAGAGAUACGCAUCUGUUUUACUACUCUGUAUAUAUAUAUAUAUAUAUACAUACAUAUAUGAUAGUAGGACUAGUAACGUGAAAUUAAGGGUAUAAAAAUUCCUAUUUUAACAUUUUAGAAGUCUUAUUAUUUGAACAAUUUGUAUCAAGUUACAAAUAUGAGCAAGUGUCAAGAAGAAAUAUCUUGAAAUUGAUCGUAUCCUUGUGUUGGAAGUCAUCUAUUUUAACGAUUUUCUUUUUUUUAUUGAAUAAAACGAAUUAGCUCUUUGCACUACUUCAUAUAAAUAUCUUGCUAGUAUUUUCUGCUCAAGUAAGUUUAUUUGUGUAAAAUGGGUUUACUUAGUUAUAUUGUAUUAUAUGUAUACUUAUCAAAAGUGCUGUAUAUGACUUAUGUUCUUCUAGAAAUAUCGUCACUGAGUUUGAAUUAUUGUUACGCGAUUAAUGCGAUAUUCUUAACAAUAUACUUACGAUUUGCGUUUA